AUGGACAGUAGCCACGACGCCCCGGCUCCCUCCAGAAGUGGGCGAUGACGCGCACAAUGAACACUCACGGCUGCCAUGUGUGUGUGUGGUGGUGAUGGUGUGUGUGGUGCAGGUGAACGGGGCGACUUGUCGGACGAUAGCUUACGAGAUGUCAUAGAUCAGAUCCAAUCCGUGAGAGAUGAAGGGAGGGAGGGAGGGAGGCACCAGACACACCAUUUAUUCACUGUGCUGCCUGCCUGCCUGUUUGUGUGCCUUCAGAUCGCAUGUGAGAUGGCCCCGCUGGCUCGGCGGGCGAGGGAGCUGAUCCAACGCAACCAACACGACAACAUACAGGCUGGCCGCCGGCUGUUCGGUCUUCUGGCGAAUCUCGCCGACGCCCACUCGGCCCUCAGCAAUGAGCUGACACAGACGCCCACUAACCACAGCAAACGCGUAAGGCUCCACUGACCAAUGGAUGGCACACGCAAGCCCGUCACUCCUCUGUGUGUCUGUGUGUAUGCGUUUAUGUCAGCGAAUGGAUGUUGAUGGCGAGGCGGGAAAGUGGGGGGCGGGCGGUGCUGUGGGACCGAACGAGACCGACAACAAUGCACAGCAGGGCAGAGCGGUACGCACAAGUCCACACCCACACAGACACACAAACCCAUUGAUGUGUGUCGCUGGUCAGGUGCCUGCUGAUGACGGCGGCGCCAAGAAGCGGAGAUGCGUAGACAUCGGCCCUGCUGCUGAUGGUGGUGGGCAUAGCGGAGGUACGCAAAGCAUCGGCUACUGUUGGUGGACUGCAUAUCGUCAUGGCCCUCCUGUGCUGUGUGGUGCCUUCAGGUGGGCCGGUUGGUGCGGGUGGUGCUGGGGCAGAGUCACAGCAGCAGCAGGGGGGCGCCAGCUCACUGUCGGCGGAUCUGACGGCCCCAAGAUCUAUCCAGCACACCCACCAGCAGCAGCAGCAGCACCCCGUGUGGUACGUCCUCGCCCACCGCGGCAGCGAUUUUCCGCUGCGGGAUGUGCUGCAGCUGAGGAAGACCUGCAAAUGGGCCAGAGGCCUCUUCGGAGCGCCUCAGCUGCGGCAGCUGCUCAGCCAAUGGACAACAGACGAUGAGCUCAGCGCAGAGGCGGGGCUGCGGCGGGCGGCCAACGGACAGCAGCUGCUGACCUUCGACGACCGGCAGAUGGGCGAGGGUGACCUGCUGGCGGCGCUGUGUGUGGCGGAGGCGGGCGGCUGGAGUGAGAUGAGCGAGGCGGUCGAGCUGGCGGGGCAGUGCGGCCGCUGCCAGCUGCCUGUGAGGCUCACUGCGGGCGAUCUGCACCAAUACCCAAACAAGACGGUAAGCCCACCGAGGGAGGGAGGGAGGGAGGGAGAGAGGAUGGCUCUCAAUGGGUGUGUGGUGUGUUGAUGUGUUGUGUGUGCAGGCGUAUUUGGCCGCUCCCCGUAUGUUGGCUCAGCUCAAGAUGGUCGGCCCCCACAUCCACUUCGGCGACGGCGUGACCUUCCAGCUGUUCCAACACGGCGACACACUGCGGGCCGUCAAGGACGAGGACGGCUUCGAGAUCGACAUCGACCCGCCUCUCCCUCCCAACCACCCCUACCAGCAGCACCGACAGCCCCAUGACCCGCCAGUCCGCAGCUGCAUCACAUAUUGGCCGUCUACAGGCUGGGUGUCGCUGGGUGCUCGGGACUACUCGUCUGUGUCGUCGUUUGUCAAGAGCAUCGUCCUCGGCCACUUCGAGGGCACUCACCAGAUCAACAGCACUGGCCGCAUCAUCAACAGGUGAGGCGGGGUAUCACUCUGUGUGGGCAUUGUCACGACACACGAGUGUACGUGUGUCUUCAUUGGUCAAGCAUGUCGACAACAACCGGCUGCACACCAUCGUGACACAGUCCCCCCACACACCAGUGGAGGGAUGCACCACCCCUGACGGCGACACUUACGGUGGUCUCGUUCUGACCGACGCCCGCCACUCCUUCGUCGCGUGGAUCGACAUCAGGGAGCUCCGCUACAACAACAACGGUCAGUCCAGACGAUACAACAAAAGAGGGAGGGAGGGUAAAAAGCAUAUACACACACAGCACUCACUCUCAUUUGCUGUGCUCCCCUGUCACUCUUUGCAGUGCCUGUAUCGGUCCACACCACCGAGUCGGCUGUGUCUGGUGUGGGUGCCUUCAACGACCGCUUCCCAGUGACCACUCGGCUGGCGCGGGCGGUGCUGGGGGCCAUCAUCUCGGCCAGGAUCUUCGAUCAAUAG